CGCAAUUUGUAUUGAAUUUGUAUCACCUACACAAAGUUUGACCUGACGUUGGUGACCCCCCUGCAGUGCACGGGCCUUCUGGCAGAAACAAGCAUACAGGAAAUGAGGCUGUUGGACUUGACCCCAGAGUUGUUCGCUCACGUCAUUCACGAGUUGGUCGCAGAGGUGGGUAUCUGCGACUCAUUCCGGUACCGCCGCGUGUGCAAACUUUUCGCUGCAGAGAUCUUCCGAAAUGUCGUGCAAACAUGUCCAGUCUAUGCCUUCCACACGGAGGUCGAGCCACCUAGAAGAUCAUACUUGCGCUCAGUAGAUACCCCAGGGCAACGGUUUCAACGCCUCUUCUCUGUUCACGGUCAUGUUAUCAUGCAACAACGUCUCUUGGGGCCACAUAAGUUCCAGUCGCGGGUAGCAAAGUGUCUGGACGACGUAUUCGAAGCGAUACUGCUCCUCGAAGGUUCUGGUUCGUCUGAGAUCCGGAGAUCUUAUGCGCACGAUAUAGGAACUGCUGUACUCUCCAGUCUCAAGAAAAACGCUUGUUGGGCUAUGACCCAAGACAAUCUCAAAACUUUCAGUGCAGACGAGUUCUACCAGAGCUCUGAAAACUCUCCUCGAUUAUUCCUGCCUGUGGCCGCUGCUGCCGUAGGAAGUCUGUCUUUGUUUCAACAGAUAAUAUCUUGCGACGAUGACAUUCUCAACCAGCCAUGGCCUUUCCAUAGUCCCUUGAGCGCUGCUGUUGCCAACUGCCACCUUGAGGUGAUUAAACACAUACUCCAGUUAUACACCAAGCGCCUCGCACGUCUGCAUGCGGAAGGUGUAAUGUCAGGCGAAAUCCACUUACGGCAGACUGUGCACCACGCAGUCAUGGACGGAAUUGAUGCCUGCCAGCCAGAUGCCACCGCUCUAGUGUUUGCCUGGGUGCUGGAGAACAAAGGCGGUCCCAUCUAUGAGAGACUUCGUCGCAGUUUCUUGGUGAUCAUGCGAUGUUGUAUCAAUCACCGCCAGCCUCAAAUUGCGUAUUCUGCGGUAACACUGUUCAGCAACGAGGGUGAACCGACGUUUCCGGAAUCCUUAAAGGGAUAUCUACUCGAAAAAGACGACGGCAGUGUGCUUCGCCACUUUUAUCAGGCAGGACUCUUAGACAUUGGGAUUUUCCAACAUGCUCCACUAGUGGCUGGGGUGCUACCACCAGUUGGUCAAUGUCUCUUCGAUAUGAUCCUCCAACUUGGAGCCAACAUUGAUGACCUAUUUCCCGAUACCCUUACGGGAAAGAGUCUCCUCUGGCAUGCUGUUGAUUCCGGGAAUGAGCAACGGGUCAGGUUUCUUCUCGAACAUGGUGCAGACCCAGAUGCAAGCACAGGUGACGGAUCACCUCUUCAAGUUGCUAAGGGUCAUGGACAACAAUCAAUCGUCGACACUCUCUUGCGGGCGAAAGAAUUGCGGAACAAGUGAGGUAGGAGUAGCGCAUACACCGACAGUUACAUUUCCAUUAGAUAGAGCUCAUCAUGAACACGACGACACGAUGAACGUAUAUUUUUCUCUCUUUGCUUCAUCAUCUGCAGGUUACUACGGCCGACCGUUUGGUUGCAGAAACAAUGGAUUGAAUCCUGAUGACCCAGCAAAUAUUUCUCUCGCAUAGAAAAUAAGUCUACAGCCACGCUAGAAAAAAGAUCUAGAAAUCGAAACAGAGCAAGAGAUCAAGGAGCUUCACUACAUAUCCAAUCUCAACACUCUCUAGUGUUUUAGUAACAGAGUCGCUAUCUUGAUAUUACUAUAGUUUUGUAUCAUACCACUACUUAGAG